AUGGACAGCCCCAGCAUGGGGAGCCUCUGGCCUUGGGUGCUGGGUGUGCUCUCUUUGCCAGGUUUGAUCCUAGGAGCGCCCCCAGCCUCCAGCUGCCCAGGAGCCUGUGGGAGCAGCUUCUCAGACAGCUUCACCCCUGAGGGGACCCAGACAUCCUGGGACAAGGACAUCCCUGCGAUUAACCAAGGGCUCAUCCCUGAGGAGACACCAGAGAGCAGCUUCCUCCUAGAGGGGGACAUCCUGCGGCCGAGUCCCUUCCGCCUGUUGUCAUCUACAAACAACAAGUGGCCCAAAAACGGGGGUGUGGUGGAGGUCCCCUUUCUGCUCUCCAGCAAGUAUGAUGAGCCCAGCCGCAAGGUCAUUCUACAGGCAUUUGCCGAGUUUGAACGCUUCACGUGUGUCAGGUUUGUUGCCUACCAUGGCCAGAGAGACUUCAUCUCCGUCAUCCCCAUGUCUGGGUGCUUCUCCAGCGUGGGGCGCAGUGGAGGGAUGCAGGUGGUGUCCCUGGCACCCGCCUGUCUCCAGAGGGGCCCGGGCAUUGUCCUGCAUGAGCUCAUGCAUGUGCUGGGCUUCUGGCAUGAACAUUCACGGGCCGACCGGGACCGUUAUAUCCGUGUCAACUGGAACGAGGUCCUCCCAGGCUUUGAAAUCAAUUUCAUUAAAUCUCGGAGCAACAACAUGCUGGUGCCCUAUGACUACUCAUCCGUGAUGCACUAUGGGAGGCUUGCCUUCAGCCGGCGUGGGCUGCCCACCAUCACGCCGCUCUGGGCCCCCAAUGCCCACAUAGGUCAGCGAUGGAACCUGAGCACCUCCGACAUCACGCGGGUCCUCCGGCUUUAUGACUGCAGCCAGAGUGGCCCUGGCUCCCAUGGGAGAGGGGCCCAGGCCCAUGGCAACGCUGGGAGCCCCACCCCUGCCUCGGGACCACACCUGCAGCGGCUUCUAGAGGCACUGUUGGCAGAGUCCAGGAACCCCAAAGCUGCAGAGAGCCCACUGGAGUGGGAGCCCCCCGCCCUGGGAAAGCUCGUCUGA